CGGGACGAUGUGGGCUCUGACGCUGCCUUUGCUCCUGGCCGCCGCCGGCGCGGUGCUGGCCGAGCCCGUCAAGUUCCUGGACUGCGGUUCCAAAGAUGGAAGUAUCAAAGAGGUCAACGUGAGUCCUUGCCCCUCAGAACCUUGUAUGCUUCACAAAGGGGAGUCGUACACAGUCAAUGUCACAUUUUCUAGUAAGAUUGACAGCCAAGGCAGCCAAGCAAAGGUGUAUGGAGAACUUCUACACGUGCCCAUUUCCUUCCCACUAGACCAGGCUGAUGGAUGCAAAUCUGGUAUCCAGUGUCCUAUCCAGAAAGACCAUUCUUAUAACUACUUGAACAAGCUUCCAGUGAAGUCUGAGUAUCCAUCUCUGAGACUAGUUGUCAGAUGGGAACUGCUUGAUGACCAAAACCAGAUGUUGUUCUGCUGGAGGAUUCCUGUCCAGAUCACUGAUUAA